AUGGCAGCCGGUGGUUUUGAUAUCGCUAAAGCAGGUUGGCUGUACAGACAAAGUUCAGUAUUACACAGAUGGAAAAAGAAUUGGUUCGUACUUGACCGUCAAGGAGAUCUGCGCUACUUUGAGAAUCCUGAUCACCCCAGAGCUGAGGAGAGGAUUGUUGUACGUGCUGCAGUCGUGGCAAUUAAAGCUGGCUAUGAGUGUGGAAAAGCUGAUGUCCCUGAGGGCAGCGCAGCAACAGCUGCAUGUUUCCUGGAGCUUGUGAUGCGAGACAAAGAGUCCAUGCUGUUAUGUGCAGAGUCCCCUGAUGAAAUGAAGGCAUGGCAGAUAGCUUUAGAAGAGGCUCGAACUCUGACACCAGAUUACAGACCUGGAGUAACCUCAACAACCAUCAUUACUCCACCCGGCUACGUCUACGGAAGCCCUUAUGGUGGAUAUGGCUAUCCAGGUCAAGUGCUGAGCCCUCCCCCAACUCAAGUCAUUCGCACACCAGAUGGCACCACGACCACUAUUGUGAAUGCUCCACCUUACCAGCAGGUGGUUUACGUGGAUGACGGUCCAUUCCGAUAUCGACCGUACUCCUAUGGUGCUGUGUAUCCUGUUCCUUUCUUCUUUUGGUGA